GGAAUCUGUGUGUGUAUCGCUGAUAUGAGCGAAGGCAAACAUGAAGGCACUUUAAUUACACACGGUUAAUUAAAAAAGUCAGUAAAUCUUCUUUAAAAAAUUCAGUUUUUAGAAACAGGUCCAUGUAGUAAAUGGCUGGUUUAUAUAAGUAGGGUUUACUUUGGGGGAUAUUUCUUCGCUCGUGAUCUCCGCGAUUUAAAGGAUCUACCAAGGUUCGAGGGAUCUACCAUGGCUCUGGUGUUGUAUUUGAAAUUGGUCUCGGAGCUUCCUGGGAAAGCGGACCGACUCGCAAAAGUCUCAUUUCGAGGUCAGUCAUUCUACUCACGCAUCCUGGAGAACUGUGAGGAUAAAGCCAGAUUUGAGGAGGGAUUUCGUUGGCCAAUUGCCAGUAAAGUGGAUGGAAAUGAGAUGUUGGAGAUCCAUAUAUAUAACUACAGCAAGGUCUUCACCAACAGGUUGAUUGGGACUUUUCGUAUGGUCCUGCAGAAGGUGGUGGAAGAAGGCCAUUUGGAGGUGUCAGACACUCUUACUGAUGACAACAACACAUCAGUUUUGACAAAUAUCUCUAUAGACAUCAAGUACCAGCCAAUGGAUGGGAGUCUGAGGCCCUGGAAUGAUGGGGAGUUCCUUGACGUUCCUGAUGAUGGUAUGUUUCAGUUUGAAACAGAAAGUCUGCUGUCAGUACACAGCCAGAGCUCAGGGACAUCUCCAGGACGAUCGACCCACAGUAUUCCCAAUUUAAGGAAAGCAGGGAAAGGAGUGUUUUCAGCCAUGAAGCUUGGAAAGGUUCGCAGCUCCAAAGACAACCACAAGAAAGAUGAUCCUGCCAUCUUGGAAACAGAGGAUAUUGACCACAAAGGCAUGAAAAAGCGUGAUCCUGACACUAUCUCCCUGGCCUCUGUUACUGCAGUGACCACUAAUGUCUCCAACAAAAGAUCAAAGCCAGAUAUUAAGAUGGAGCCUACUGCGGGAAGGCCUGUGGAUUACCAGAUUAGUGUUAUGGUGAUUGAGGCUCGCCAGCUUGUUGGUUUAAACAUGGAUCCCUUGGUGUGUGUAGAGAUUGGAGAGGAAAAGAAAUAUACAUCAAUGAAAGAGUCAACAAACUCUCCUUACUACUCUGAGUACUUUGUAUUUGACUUCCAUGUUCCACCUGAUGUCAUGUUUGACAAGAUCCUGAAGCUCUCGGUAAUUCAUUCCAAAAACAUAUUGCGAAGUGGCACACUAGUUGGCACCUUUAAAAUAGAUAUAGGAACAAUCUACUCACAACCUGAGCAUCAGUUCCAUCAUAAAUGGGCCAUGCUGUCUGACCCUGAUGACAUCACAGCAGGUUGCAAAGGCUAUGUAAAAUGUGACAUAUCAGUGGUAGCCAAAGGGGACAUGGUUAAGACCCCGCACAAGGCCAAUGAGUUGGAGGAUGAUGACAUAGAAGGGAAUCUGAUGGUGCCUGAGGGCAUGCCAGCAGAGAGGCAAUGGGCUCGCUUCUAUUUGAAGAUCUUCCGAGCAGAAGGUCUGCCCAAAAUGAAUACCAGCAUCAUGGCUAAUGUGAAAAAAGCGUUAAUUGGGGAAAGCAGAGACCUUGUGGACCCUUAUGUUCUAGUGCAGUUCUUUGGACAGAAGGGGAAAACUGCAAUACAAAAGGGCACCUAUGAGCCCUGCUGGAAUGAGCAAAUCAUCUUCACAGAAAUGUUUCCACCCCUGUGUAAACGCAUGAAAGUUCAAAUCCGGGAUUGCGACAAGGUUACUGACAUUGCCAUAGGAACUCAUUUUAUUGACCUGCGCAAGAUUUCAAAUGACGGAGACAAAGGUUUCUUACCAACACUGGGGCCAGCCUGGGUGAACAUGUAUGGCUCCACACGCCAAUACACACUAAUGGAUGAACACCAGGACCUAAACGAGGGGGUCGGAGAGGGUGUGUCCUUCAGGGCUCGCCUCCUCAUUAGUCUUGCUGUGGAGAUCUUGGACACAUCCUCUACAGACAUAAACAUCUCCCCUGAGGUCCAGGUGGAGCCCAUCACAAAUGUAUCAGAAGUUUCCACAGGAAAGGUAGAGGAGUUUUUUCUGUUUGGUUCCUUCUUAGAAGCCACUAUGAUUGACAGGAAGAUUGGAGACAAACCAAUCAACUUUGAAGUCACUAUUGGUAACUAUGGUAACCAGAUUGAUGGUGUGAGCAAGCCAGUAAAAAAGAAACGAAAAGGUAAAGGGGAUGGUGACAGUGAGGAGUCUGAACUGAUCCAUAACUCCAGUGAAGAGGAGAAUGAUGAAGAUGGUGAUGUGGCAUUUCUGUCCUCUACCCCCCUCAUGAAGCCUGUAGUCACUGACAGCAAUUACUUCCAUUUGCCAUAUUUUGAAACGAAGCCUUGCAUCUACAUCAAGAGUUGGUGGCAAGAUCACAGAAGACGUUUCUACAACUCAAAUAUAAUGGACAAGAUUGCAGAUAAACUGGAAGAGGGUCUGAAUGAUGUUCAGGAGAUAUUGAAGACAGAAAAGGCUUAUCCUGAGCGCAGACUGAGGGGUGUGCUGGAGGAACUGAGCACUAGCUGCAAUCGAUUUGUCACUCUGGCCAAUAAAGAUCAGAAUCAGGCUGGUGUAACCAAAUUGGACCGGGAAAGGCUGAAGUCCUGUCUAAGAGAGAUGGAGAGUAUGGCGCAGCAAGCUAAGACCAUGCGCUCACAAGUGAAGAAAAAUGCUGUGCGAGAAAAACUCAAACUGACUAUGAAUUUCCUGCAGAAGCUCCGGUUCAUGGCUGAUGAGCCACAGCAUAGUAUUCCCGAUGUGUUCAUUUGGAUGAUAAGUAACAAUAAGCGUAUAGCGUAUGCACGCAUUCCUUCAAAAGACAUCCUCUACUCAAUUGUGGAUGAGGAGAUGGGUAAAGAUUGUGGGAAAGUCAGCGCUGUCUUUCUCCGCUUGCCUGGAAAGAAGAGCUUUGGCCCAGCUGGCUGGACAGUUCAAGCUAAGUUGGAGUUGUACUUAUGGCUUGGUCUGAGCAAACAAAGGAAGGACUUCUUGAGUGGCCUGCCCAGUGGAUUUGAGGAAAAUAAAAUGGCUAAAGGAACAGGCCUACAAUCUGUGCCUCCCAGUACCCUCGUCUAUAAUAGUAUGCAGGUCUUCCAGCUAAGAGCUCACAUGUAUCAGGCCCGUAGCCUGUUUGCUGCUGAUGACAGUGGCCUGUCAGAUCCUUUCGCCAGGGUCUUCUUUUCCACAUACAGCCAAGUCACAGAGGUGCUAAGUGAGACUCUAUGUCCAACAUGGGACCAAAUGUUGGUGUUUGAUAAUGUUGAGCUUUACGGUGAAGCCAGUGAACUCCGUGAUGACCCUCCAAUCAUUGUCAUUGAAGUUUAUGACCAGGACACUGUGGGAAAAGCCGAGUUCAUAGGACGAAGUUUUGCCAAGCCAAUAACUAAGAUGGUGGAUGAGCACUAUGGCCCACCACGCUUCCCUCCCCAGUUGGAGUAUUACCAGAUCUUUAGAGGAAACUCCACAGCAGGAGAGCUGUUGGCUGCCUUUGAGCUUCUGCAGCUUGGACCAGGUGGAGUAAAAGAUCUCCCUCCUCUCGAUGGGCCAAAUGAUGAAGACCACGGCCCCAUCCUACCAGUCCCUCUGGGCAUACGGCCUGUCCUCAUCAAAUACCGCAUAGAGAUUCUGUUCUGGGGCCUGAGGGACAUAAAGAGGAUUAACCUGACGCAUGUGGAUAAACCUCGUGUGGACAUUGAGUGUGCAGGAAAAGGUGUCCAAUCAUCCCUCAUUCUAAACUACAAGAAAAAUCCAAACUUCAGCACUCUGGUGAAAUGGUUUGAAGUGGACCUACCAGAGAAUGAGUUACUCCACCCUCCUCUAAAUAUUCGAGUGGUGGAUUGCAGAGCUUUUGGACGUUACACCUUAGUGGGCUCACAUGCUGUCUCCAGCCUUCGCAAGUUUAUUUACAUCCCACCAGAUAAAAAUGCCAAAGACUGGGUCAAUACAGGUGACAUCAUUGUCAACAUGACCACUGACGCCAAUGUUAAGAAGAUGGACACUGUGGUCAAACUGGAUGCUACCUCUGAUGCUGUCGUUAAAAUUGAUGCGGAGGAUGAAAAGGAGAAAGAUAAGAAGAAAAAGAAGAAAAAGAAGGGAGAGGAGAUCGAAGAAGAGGAGCAAGACGAUAGCAUUUUGGAUUGGUGGUCAAAGUAUUUUGCCUCGAUAGAGACAAUGAUGGAGCGUGUACGUGCUCAAGAAGCAGCCAUGGCUGAGGCAGAAGAACGAGAGGACAUGGAGAUUGCUGCAGAAGUGGCUGAAAUCAAAGUUGAUCAAUCUCAUGUGAAAGGCACCAAGUCUAAAGAGAAAAAAGCCAAGAAGGACAAGAAGAAGAAUCAAAACAGUGAAGCAGCAGAGAAAAAAGCUGCCAAACCAAAAGUGGAUGAGCUUGUGGUGUAUAACAAAGAGCUGGAGUCUAAAUAUGAUGAAUUUGAAGACUGGCUUCACAGCUUCAACCUGUAUAAAGGAAAAGCUGGAGAUGACGAUGACAACAGUGCGAUAGAUGAAGACCGGAUCAUGGGCCGAUUCAAAGGCUCUCUGUGCAUGUACAAAUUGCCCCUUUCUGAAGAAAUCACCAAAGAGCCUGGAUUUGAUCCCAAUUUGGGCAUGUUUCAGAAUAUACCAAACAAUGAUCCCCUGAGUGUACUAGUGAGGGUUUAUGUUGUUAAAGCAACAAACCUUCACCCAACUGAUCUAAAUGGAAAGGCUGAUCCUUACAUUGUCAUCAAGCUGGGAAAAACAGAUAUCAGGGACAAGGAUAAUUAUAUCUCUAAGCAGCUAAACCCUGUUUAUGGGAAGUCCUUUGACAUAGAGGCCAUGUUUCCAAUGGAGUCGAUGCUGACAGUGUCGAUAUUUGACUGGGAUUUAGUUGGCACUGAUGACCUGAUUGGAGAGACCAAAAUUGAUCUGGAGAACCGUUUAUACAGUAAAUACAGGGCCACCUGUGGCAUCGCAUCCACAUACUCUAUUCAUGGCUACAAUGUGUGGCGAGAUCCUUGUAAACCCACUCAAAUACUUGCUAAGUUGUGCAAGGAUGGCAAGUUGGAUCCGCCAGUUUAUGGCCCAGGUGGAAGGGUCAAGGUUGCAAACCGUAUCUUUUUGGGUCCCACAGAACUCGAGGAUGAAAAUGGUCUAAAGAAGCCAACAGAUGAACAUUUGGCACUUACUGCACUGAAUCACUGGGAAGAAAUUCCUCAAGUAGGCUGCAAACUCAUUCCAGAACACGUAGAGACAAGGCCUCUUCUCCACCCGGAAAAAGCAGGCAUAGAGCAGGGCCAAAUUGAGAUGUGGGUUGACCUGUUUCCGAUGGAUGCACCUGCACCAGGACCAGCAUUAGACAUAACUCCACGAAAACCAAAGAAAUAUGAGCUCAGGGUGAUAAUAUGGAAUACUGACGAGGUAAUUCUGGAAGAUGAUGAUUACUUCACAGGGGAAAAAUCCAGUGAUAUUUUUGUCAGGAGCUGGCUAAAAGGCCAAGCAGAAGAUAAACAGGACACAGACGUACACUACCACUCUCUGACUGGAGAAGGAAACUUUAACUGGCGCUUCCUGUUUCCCUUUGACUAUCUCAUGGCUGAGGAGAAAAUUGUGGUUUCCAAGAAAGAAUCCUUGUUCUCAUGGGAUGAGACAGAGUAUAAGAUUCCUGCUCGCCUCACCCUGCAAGUGUGGGAUGCUGACCACUUCUCUGCAGAUGACUUCUUGGGUUCAAUUGAACUCGAUUUGAACCGGUUUCCUAGAGGAGCAAAAUCAGCAAAGUUGUGCUCCCUUGACAUGAUUCUUAAUGAGCAAGACCUGCCCACUAUUUCAAUCUUCAAACAGAAAAGGGUGAAGGGCUGGUGGCCUUGCAUGGCACUAAAUGAGAAUGAAGAGCCAGAGCUCACGGGUAAAAUUGAAGCAGAGCUCCAUCUACUGACUGCAGAGGAGGCCGAGAAAAAUCCUGUAGGCCUUGGAAGGAAUGAGCCAGAGCCACUAGAAAAACCAAACCGGCCUGACACCACCUUCCUUUGGUUCAUGAGUCCGCUGAAGGCUAUGCGCUACCUUGUGUGCACCCGCUACAAAUGGCUUAUCAUUAAGAUUAUCCUGGGAAUACUGUUGAUCAUCAUGGUGGCUCUAUUCAUCUACAGUAUGCCUGGCUACUUGGUCAAGAAGAUGCUGGGUGCCUAAGGAAACCAGAGAGAAACAGAUGUUUUAUUCCACCUCUCAUCCUUUGAAUUUUUCUAAUGAAUUCGCAUUGAUGCUGUUUUAUGCCUUUCCUAAACAUCUCUUCUUCAAAUUACUAACCAAUACCAAGCAUAUCUUACAUUCCUCAAAAACUUUUAUUGAUUUAAUUAGUUUUAUUUAACAAUCUACAUCAUCCUUAUGUACAGUAUAUCCAUCUGCCAAUCAAUCAACCUUUGUUCCUGAUUUAUACCAUUCAUUUUAGCAAGAAAUCAAAGUAUACACACACCAACCAUAAUACUAGGAAUAUUUAGCACCUGCUACUAUAUUACAUUAUUAAAUCGACCAACCAUGUGGAAGCAAAACAGGUAUUAAACUGUCAAAAUCUGGAUAGCUAUAGUUUGUAAACCUGUGCUCACCCUGGCCUAUAACCAUGUCAUGGUCAAAAUCCCUUUUUUAUUUUGAUGUUUGAUGUGACCAGUAACUGAUGUUCUUGACCUGCAUCUGCAUCAUAUUCUACAACACACUGCUGUCACAGGACUGGCUGAAUAGAUAACUGCAUGAACGCCUAAUAAACAGGAUGACACACGCAUGUAUCAUUCAAACUUUAAGCAUAUAGUAUGCCUUGCUUGAGUUACUGUGUAAAUUGUUAUAAAAUGUCCAAACCGAUGACACAAUUCGCAUGCAACCAAUUCCUGGGGAGAUAAAAGAGUGAUACAUAGGACAUGCUAAAAUAGAAUAUCAAGAUCUCAAAAUAUUGUGAUAAAUUUCUUUUCCAGCACAGAGCUAUGUUAUCAUUCCUUUUACUAUCCAAGUGUUGAUUUACAUUGUUUGCAGUGUACAGUGUUUUUGUACUUGCCUGCUCUUCCUCUGUUUAUCAUAAUUGUGUGUACUAAUCAGCAAAUUUGAUAACAGACUUGUUGCACAGAAUCUGAAUUAUUUAUAUUAUGAAGAGUGUAAAGUUCUGGUUUAAAAGUGUGAAACAUUGAACUACUGAUUAUUUUUGUCUGUAUGAAGAUUGAAUAAAAUAAAAU